AAGAAGAAGAAGGAAAAUACGACGAAAGAAACAAAGAAAAAAGAAAUUGAAGAGGAACAAGAAAAUAUAAGGAAAAAAGAGAAAAAAAACAGGAAAAAAAACGUACAUAAACAAAAUGAGACUAAACAAGAGGGCGUGUGCGCUUGUGUGGGCGUGUGCGUGGCUGUGUGCGUGUGUGUGUGCGUCCGCGCCCUUCCGUGUGUACUGGAACGUGCCCUCCCACCUGUGUGUCGGGCACGGCGUGUACGUAAACGUGUCCCAGUACGGUCUCCUGCAGAACGCCGGAGACGCCUUCCACGGAGAGAAGGUAACGAUCUUGUAUGGGCCAGGUGAGUUUCCCUAUCUGAAGGAGGACGCAGAAGGGGAGUGGCAGCCUGUGAACGGCGGGGUCCCUCAAGCGGGCAGUCUGACAUCACAUGGGCAGGCUUUCCUUAACACACUCAACAGCCUCGUACCCGCUGACUUCAAAGGGGCUGCCGUUCUGGACUUCGAGGACUACUACCCCAGCCUCCAGUUGAGCGCUCCCCAGUACAAGAAUGCGUCCAGGGCGUGGGUGCGGGCGAGGCAUCCCACGUGGAGUCCUGCAGAGGUGGAUCAGGAGUCCUACGCAUCCUUCAACGCCUCCGCCAAGGACUUCUUUAAGACGCUGCUGUGGGUGGGUCGAGAGGCGCGCCCUGGAGCCCUAUGGGGGUACUACCAUUACCCUUACUGCCAUGACUACAGCCCCGGCGAGCAUGUCUGUAGGCCUAAGACCCAGGAGAUGAACGAUGCCCUGGCGUGGCUGUUCGAGGGGAGCGCCGCCCUCUACCCCAGCCUCUACGUCUUCAAGGGCGCCGGGUUCACCCCCAGCACCCGCCGCCUCCACGCCGCCGCCGCGCUGGAGGAGGCGGACAGGGUGCGGCAGAAGGUGAACUCGACAGCCCCGGUUCUCCCCUACGUGUGGUACAGGUACCACGACGACCCCGCCUUCCUCUCCCCCGUGGACGUGGUCAACACCCUGGGGAUCGCGCGGCUGUGGGGGACGGGGGGGGCGGUGGUGUGGGGGGCCUCGAAGGACAUGGCUACAAGGGAGCAGUGUUUGGCUCUGAAGAACUACGCCGAGGGUCAGCUGGGUCCUCUGGUGCGGUACUUGGCUCACCUCCCCUGCGCCAAGUUGCACCACAUCCUGACCUCCCGCCGGCGCCUCAGAAGGAGAGUGAAGAAGGUGCUGGGGAAGAUUAGGAGGAGGAAGGGGAGGAAGGGAAAGAGGAGGGGGAGGAGGAGGGGAAGAAAAGAGGGGAAUGGUGGUGGUCGAGGUGGUGGUGAAUUUUGUUAGAUGAUGGUGGUGGUGGUGGUGAUGGUGAUGGUGAUGGUG